CACCAAAGAGAACCCAAUCCACCCCUCACAAAAGAAAAAACAACCCAAUCGGGACCAUUCUUGGCGAGGAGAAGGUGGAGAAGAAAGCAGAUCGGCGGCGCCGGCGGCGGCCGUGGCCGCACUGAUCGACUCGGACUGCGGGUGUGGUCUUCCGCCCGAGCACCCAUAAACAUGGGUCCGGAGGCGCCUGAGCUUCAACCAAACCCCGUCGAUCCCGCUGGACGCCUUGUGCUAGAGCACAGCUCGAUGGCGAUCGCCGAUGUCAACAUGGGUCUACAGGCGCCUGAACUUUUGUCAUAUCACAUCAAUCGCGCACGACCCUUCUAUGAUGAAAAGUGGAAAAGUAUGAAUGUGGGGAAGAAGAAGACGAAGAAGAUGAUUUUCCGGGUUCCGCAGCAUGAGCUGGAUGACAUACUGUCCUAUCAGGUGCCGGCUUGGCCGAAAGUGGAUAAACGCUAUCCUUCGGCCGCCAUAGAGAUGGAAAAAAUGAAGGAAUACUUUUUGGCCGGGCGGGAGAAGAUGAGGCGAGAGUAUGAGGCCCAUGGCUAUGCUACUUUUGAAGCAGAGGUCACAGAUGAUGAGAAGGAGGAAGACGCAGCAGCGACUACUCCUCAUGAGGAGAAGGAUGACAAUGCAGCAGCGACAUCUUUUCAUGACAAGAAUGACGAUGCAGCAGCGACUCAUAUUCACGAGGAGAAGGAUGAUGUGCCAGCGACAUCUUUUCACGACAAGAAUGAUGAUGCAGCAGCGACUCCUACUCAUGAGGAGAAGGAUUAUGCAGCAGAGACAUCUUCUCCUUGGAUUAUUCCACGAGGAAGAGGCCGGAGAAGAUUUCGCCCGGGUGUCGUGAAGCAAGCGAGUGGUGUUAAGAAAAUAACUUAGAUGUAUUACUAGUUGUUUUCGUUGUUAGUUUUCGCUGUUGGAUUAGUUGGUUCCAGUUUAUGGGACUGUAUUGUGUCAUCUUUAUUUAUAAUUUCUUGUGUAAAACCUACAGCUGAUAAUUCAAAAGUGAGUACUGAGUAGUAUAUUCAGUCAAGCAUCAAAUGUAGGUUAUCUUCACAUUAGUUCUGGUUUCUAAAAUACAAAAAAUUCAGUUCAAA